AUGUUUGAAGACACUACCAGUAUUCCUGAACUUCCAACACCAAAUAUGAUGUGUGGGCGUCCAACAGCAAAACCCCAAAGUCGUAUUAUUGGAGGGCACGAAGCUUUAUAUGGGGAGUUUCCGUGGCAGGCCCAUAUCAAAAUUUCUCGUCAGCAAUGUGGGGGCGCACUUGUCAGUCAGAACUUUGUGGUGACCGCAGCUCAUUGUGUCCACAAAGCAAGACUGCAUGAGAUAACUGUGGCUCUGGGCGUGUACGACAUCCAAGAUCAGCGUUACCAAAAUCUGCCUCCUCAAUACUUCAGUGUUCGAGAGGUCAAGAUCAAUCCCCACUUCCGCUUCUCCGCAUCACACCCUGACCGCUAUGACGUGGCCUUGCUACGUUUAGAUCGUCCGGUCUAUUUCCAAGAGCAUAUCCUUCCCAUCUGCCUACCUCCGUACGGUCGGAGAUUUGAAGGAUUCAGUGGGAUCGUGACAGGUUGGGGAAAAACAGAUUCUGCUCUAAGCAAUAGAUAUGGUACUCGUGUUCUCCAGAAAGUCGAUGUUCCUGUGAUCACAAACAGAGACUGUGAACGGUGGCAUCUUAGCCGAGGGAUCAACAUCCGGAUCUAUCCGGAAAUGAUGUGUGCAGGAUAUGAACAAGGAUUGAAAGACGCAUGCGUGGGUGACUCUGGAGGCCCCAUCAUGUAUCUUAACAACCGGUGGACGUUGGUCGGUAUUAUCUCUGCAGGAUUUGGUUGUGCGGAAUCUAGGCAACCAGGAAUCUACCAUCGUGUUUCUUCUACCGUAGACUGGAUAGCUGCCAACAUCUAGUAGCCUAGAACCAGGCUGUUCUCACUGUGAUAUGUGCUAUCUCAGGGUGUCAUGCCAUCCAUAUAAGCUUCCACCUGUGUUGAGUU